AUGCCUAUAAAUUUUUUGGUGCAAAGUGGAAGGGUGCAGAUUUGUGGUUGCUGCCCUGAGAGGGAAAAGACUGCCGAGACAAGACACCGAGACGAGACGACGUCAUUCCUUGCGCAUUGUGAUCGGGUCGAAUCUUCUGUACUCGUAAAGCUUUCUGGUACGGAAGGCCUGUGGUUCUUUUGCUCAACUGUGACCAUACGCAAGCAAAUUGCUGGUAUAAGAGGGCGCCCUUGCACCACCAUGAGCCCCGCCGUUGGCAAAUCUUUUUUGUCCUUUCCUUCUUCUCCCUCUACGUUGAGGAGUCUACUGAGCAUCACACGAUUAACAACGUUCAGACCGUCAACCGCCUGCUGCGCAACUAGGCUGGUUUCGACCCCAAUAAUCCACAGAAUGCCUCUCGUUACUAUCAAUCAAUCGCUCCGCGAAUCUCUUAAGAAACAUGGAGUUAUUCCCGACGUUGUGGACGACUUCACUCCAACAACCAUGCUAUCAAUCGCAUAUCCCAACGCGAACAAAGAGGUCUCUCUCGGGAACACCCUCAAGCCCGAGGACACACAAGAAAGACCCACGAUCCAAAUAACUCCAGAGGGAAUCGACGAGUCACAAACAUACACCAUUGUUCUAACAGAUCCAGAUGCACCAUCUCGCGACAACCCAGAAUGGUCCGAAUUCUGCCAUUGGGUCAUUACCGACGUCAAGCUUCCCUCCUUGGAAGCCCUCUCGUCCGCUCAGACUGUCGAGGCUGCUUCAGUCAACCUUUCCGAUACGAGUGAGCUCGUGGAAUACAUGGGACCAGCGCCGCCAGAGAAGACUAAAAAGCACAGAUACGUCUUUCUCCUAUACAGGAAUGAGAACUCGAAGAAGCUGGAGGGUCCAACUAGGAGGAAGAAGUGGGGGAAUGAUGAUUACAGAAAGGGAGCAAGGCAGUGGGCUGAUAAGUAUGGUCUUUCACUCGUUGGUGCGAACUUUUUCUUUGCUCAGAAUUCGAAGCAGUGAGAGUGACUCAGGCAAUCGAGAAAUAAAAUUCAAACAUCCUUCUCAUGAUAA